CCCCAUUCGACCCCCCAAAAGAGAUAAGAGAGCAAAGGUAUCCACACAACUCGAAAGGGAAGGAAGAAGGAGAGCAGUCCGCAGGUUCUUUCUUUAGUGCGAAGCUCUUACUGUUCGAGCCAUAACUUGAGAUUUACUCGUCCAAUUAAGGCGUAUAAGGUACCAAAAGAAAGCUCUCAAGACGAGGAAUCCGUGGAGGUCUGGUUUGCAUCAAUCGGAGUGGUGGAAGGCUUCCAGAUUGUCCGAACAAAACGCAACCUCGCAGAACACAGUUUUGUAUUCAAAGAAACGAGUUAACCGGAAAACACCCGUUCUAGGGACUGUUUUCGUGUCAUUCGGUUAGGAGUGGAGCUGGCAGCUGGAGGAGGCUGUUUAACACUCAUUUCUAAGCAAGGAAUCAGUUCUAAAUCAACCUUGACCAAAGCCUUGACCAUUGGAUCAAGAAGGAAAAGUUUAAAGCUCAAUUAAGGUUGAGGCUAGAGCUUGCAUCCUGUGCUCGUUGAUCGAGUGAUUCCUCGGAGAGAAGACUUGAAAUGGACCGUGGUGGCAGGAUUACUAGGAGAAACCCGACCGGCCAUGUACCAGUGGAGACUGGACAGGGCAGUCGAAGGACCUCUAGGGCAUCUAGAGGAGCUGGCCGUGGAGGCCGAUCACAGACCGUGAGUGACGGUCAUGUCGACACGGAAAGUGAAACCUACUGGUCCUAUGAGGACUCGACCUAUCGACCGGAAACUGAACCGGUUGAGACCCCUUAUGAAGGGGAUGAUGAUGAUGUAAGUGAUGAGGAGGAAAAUGGCUCCUUAGCACGGAUUGAAGCACUACUUCAACAGUACCACCGUGAGCGUGAGGAGAGGAGGGAACGCCGAAGGCACCGGGCUGGGCAGCCUUCGGGCGGGGCUUCAAGAGGGAGAAGCCAUGGCGACUCUAGGGCCCACAUUGAACCACAUGGGGGUCGGGGUGAU